AACAAACUUCAUUUUAGUUGCACCACAAAGCGACCGCACUCCCGUUUGUAUGCGUUUCGCAUUACUCGCCUCCGCUGUUUCUAAGUCCUUCGUCCCGACCAAAACCCUCCGCCGCCUCCACCUCUCCUCCGCAUCCUCCUCUCCCAUGGCUGCCUCCGAGGAAUCACUCCGAUUAGCGCUUGCUGAGAAGCAGGCCACCGUCGAUGCCCAGGCCGAGGCCGUACGCGCCCUCAAGGCCCGCCCCGGCUCCGCCAAGCCCGAAAUCGACGCCGCUGUCGAAUGCCUCAAGGCCCUCAAGGUGGAGGCCGGAGCCGCCGCCAGACAGCUCCAAGCCGCUGUCAGUAGAAAUGGCAACGCGUCCGCCGCCUGCAGCAGGGAGGCGUUCCGCCAGGCUGUUGUCAACACGCUCGAAAGACGGCUCUUUUACAUCCCCUCCUUCAAGAUCUAUCGCGGCGUCGCUGGCCUUUAUGACUACGGCCCUCCUGGCUGCGCCGUCAAGUCUAACGUGCUCACCUUCUGGCGCCAGCAUUUUGUCCUAGAGGAGAAUAUGUUGGAGGUUGACUGCCCCUGUGUCACGCCAGAAGUUGUUCUUAAGGCAUCUGGACAUGUUGAUAAGUUCACUGAUCUAAUGGUAAAGGAUGAGAAAACAGGCACAUGUUAUCGAGCUGACCACUUACUCAAGGACUACUGCAAAGAGAAGCUCGAGAAGGAUCUCGCAUUAUCAGCUGAGCAGGCUGCAGAGCUUAAGCAUGUUCUAGCAAUGUUAGACGAUUUCUCUGCAGAGGAAUUAGGUGCGAAGCUUAAAGAUUAUGGGAUCACAGCACCAGACACCAAAAACACACUUUCUGAUCCUUACCCCUUUAAUCUCAUGUUUCAGACUUCCAUUGGCCCAUCUGGUAUUUUGCCCGGAUAUAUGAGGCCAGAAACUGCUCAAGGGAUCUUUGUGAACUUCAAGGACUUGUACUAUUAUAAUGGUAACAGACUUCCAUUUGCAGCAGCUCAGAUUGGUCAAGCAUUUAGAAAUGAGAUUUCACCUCGGCAAGGUCUUCUCAGAGUCCGUGAAUUUACAUUAGCAGAGAUUGAGCAUUUUGUGGAUCCAGAAGACAAGUCACAUUCAAAAUUCAUUGAUGUUGCCAACUUGGAGUUUUUGAUGUUCCCUAGAAAGGAGCAAAUGGCAGGGGAGUCAGCAAUACCCAUUAUACUUGGCGAGGCAGUUUCCAAGGGAAUUGUCAACAAUGAAACACUUGGCUACUUUAUUGGGAGGGUGUACCUCUUUCUAACACGCCUUGGAAUCGAUAAAGAACGAUUACGUUUCAGGCAGCAUUUGCCAAAUGAGAUGGCUCACUAUGCAGCUGACUGUUGGGAUGCAGAGAUCGAAUGUUCUUAUGGCUGGAUUGAAUGUGUUGGAAUUGCUGAUAGAUCUGCAUAUGAUUUACGGGCUCAUUCGGAAAAAAGUGGUGUCCCUUUGGUUGCUCAUGAAAAAUUCUCAGAACCUAGAGAAAUAGAGAAACUUGUUAUUGUGCCAUCAAAAAAAGAACUUGGUCUCUCAUUUAAAGGCAACCAAAAGAUGGUGGUCGAAGCACUGGAGGCUAUGAAUGAAAAGGAAGCACUGGAAAUGAAAGCUUCUUUGGAAUCUAAAGGCGAGGUAGAGUUCUAUGUUUGUACUCUGGGGAAAGCUGUUGUCAUAACAAAGAAAAUGGUCGCAAUUAGCAUUGAAAAGAAGAAGGAACAUCAGAGGGUUUUCACACCCUCUGUUAUUGAGCCAUCUUUUGGUAUUGGACGGAUAAUAUAUUGUCUUUUUGAGCAUUCUUUCUACACACGGCCAAGCAAAUCAGAGGAUGAACAACUAAAUGUCUUCCGUUUUCCUCCUCUAGUGGCACCCAUCAAAUGCACUGUUUUCCCACUAAUUAAAACUGCAAAAUUUGAUGAUGUCGCUAAAAUCAUAGCAAAAUCUUUGACAGCAGCUGGGGUUUCUCAUAUUAUUGACAUCACAGGCACAUCUAUCGGAAAGCGGUAUGCCAGGACCGAUGAAAUUGGCGUACCUUUUGCAGUAACGGUUGAUUCAACUGAUAGUGUGACGAUCCGUGAAAGGGAUAGCAAGGAGCAGAUCCGUGUGAGCAUCGACGAGGUGGCAUCGGUGGUGAAGGAAGUGGCAGAUGGGCAAAGCACCUGGUCUGAUAUUACGGGGAGGUAUCCAGCCCAUGCCGCCGCGCAAUCCAAUGAGGAAUGAACCAUACUGAAUUCAACACAUGACAUCUUAGCUUUUAUUCCCACAAGGGUUUUAAGCUUUCAUUUUACAGUUCAGUAUUUCAAUAAUUGCAUCAAAGACUCGACUAAAUUAUGUAUUAUUUAAUCAUUUAACCUUGCUUAUGUCAUUUAAAAAUUCUAAUUAUGUAGCAUUUUGAACAUGUCGUUCCUUAACAGAUAGACUGCAUUACAGUUGAGUGUU